CAGAAAAGUUUCAGCCCCAAAGCCCUUCAAAAUGUCUCUCUCUAUGCCCAAAACAAGGAGACCUGCCUCUUUCACACUAUAAAUACAAGCUUUCAUCCAUUGCCAAAACACAAAAACCAAACAUGAAGUCUCCAAUUUCCUCCUUAGCUUAUAUUUUUGUUGUCUUGUCCUUUUCAUGGGUAGCUUCUGCUUACAACCACGAAGAUUUUCUUCAUUGUCUUUCUUUUCAUUUUCCCAACGACUCUUCAAUUUCAAAGAUUAUUUACACUCCAACCGAUCCUUUAUAUUUUUCAGUUUUGAACUUCUCGAUUCAGAAUCUAAGAUUCUUGGGUGGCAAAACUUCAAAGCCUCAAGUAAUCGUGACGCCGUUGCAAGCUUCCCACAUUCAAGCAUCCAUCAUUUGUGCAAAAAAGAACGGCUUCCAGAUACGAAUACGAAGUGGUGGCCAUGACUACGAGGGUCUUUCCUAUGUCUCCGAUGUUCCUUUUGUCGUCGUUGAUAUGAUAAACCUUCGGUCGAUUGACGUUGAUGUGGAAAAAAGAGUAGCAUGGGUGGAAUCUGGAGCCACCAUUGGCGAACUUUACUACAGAAUUGCAGAAAAAAGCAAAACUCUAGCGUUUCCAGCUGGGCUUUCCUCGACAGUUGGCGUUGGUGGGCACUUUAGCGGUGGUGGUUAUGGUUCAUUGAUACGAAAAUUUGGCCUUGCUGCCGAUAAUGUGAUUGACGCUUACUUCAUUGAUGUCAAUGGUAAGCUCCAUGAUAGAGAAUCGAUGGGGGAGGAUUUGUUUUGGGCCAUUAGAGGAGGAGGAGCAAGUUUUGGAAUUAUUCUUUCAUGGAAAGUAAAGCUUGUCUCAGUUCCACCAAUGGUGACUAUUUUCAAAAUCACAAGAAACUUGGAACAAAAUGCCACCGAUCUAGUCCACCAAUGGCAAUACGUGGCUAACAAACAAGAUGACAGACUUAUCAUCAGGAUCAUAUUAAAUGCCACAAACAAAAACAAUCAUCAAAAUGGUAAAAGAAUAGUAUUGCAAGCAGCUUUCAAAGGCUUCUUCCUUGGAAAGGUCGAAGAACUUCUUCCCAUCAUGCAAAAUACUUUCCCUGAACUAGGAUUGAGGAAAGAAGAUGGUAUAGAAAUGAGUUGGAUUGAAUCCAUUAUCUAUUUUGCCAAAUUGCCUAAAGGACAAGCAAGUGCUCUUCUCGACAGGAGUUUGGCUCUCAAAGGCACCUACAAAGGAAAAUGUGACUAUGUAAAUGAGCCAAUCCCCAAAGCUGGACUCGAGGGUAUAUGGGAAUUGUUAAAUGAAAAAGAUCUUGAUUUUGCACAACUGGAUCUCAUCCCUUACGGUGGAAGAAUGGAUGAGAUUUCUGAAUCAGAGAUUCCCUUUCCGCAUAGAGCUGGAAAUAUUUACAAGAUUCAUUAUACUGUGGCUUAUAGUGGAGAUGCUGAACAAAGACAUAUAGGUUGGAUCCGUAAGUUUUACAAUUACUUGACUCCUUUCGUUUCAAAGAAUCCGAGGGCUACGUAUCUCAAUUAUCGAGACCUAGACAUCGGAAUGAACAACAAAAAUGGGUGCACCAGCUAUGAAAAAGCAAGCGUAUGGGGACUUAAAUACUUCAAAGGUAAUUUUAAGAGGUUGGUGAGAGUAAAAAUUAAGGUUGAUCCUACUAAUUUCUUUAGGAACGAGCAAAGCAUUCCUUCUUUUUUAACAUGGUGGAAGAAGGAAGGACAUGAGAUGUCUUAAGAUAUGCUUAGAUGAAAGCCCGACCCGUUAAAUGGAUGUAUACUGAGAUCAGAACGAUGGGCUUUUAUACUUUGGUUUUUAGUUUAUGCCUUAGAAAAUUUGCUAUUUUUGCAUUAAAUAAAUAUUUCCUAGUUUGGUU